GCAUUACCUGAGUGCGGCUGAGGAGAAAAACGAGGGAAAGCGAAGAAAAAAGGUACUUAGGUACGAGCGCACGAGGCGAGCACCGUGCUAGAGCUUAAAAGAUCUUGGCAUUUCCCGGUUCCGUUAAUCAGCCUUGCAAACGCCACACUAAACUUUCUUCACCCAACGAUCCAAUCAUCUCACCAAUGAUUUCAUGUCAUUCUCUCUCCACCGGCCAUGUGUCCUUCCAACUACUUUUCAGCCUACAUAAAAAUCAACCAUUAAUACAUACUUGUCACGAACAAAGGAUCUUACCCCAUCAAACAUCCUGUUCACCAACACCAUCUACACCGUCAAUUCGUACCUGAACAGACCUCGGUAUAGCCUUUCUAUUUAACAAUCCCGUCUCUCCGUCUUUCACCGCACGUUUUAUAAUGCAAUAACAAGGUUUAACCCAUGUGGCUAUCCAUGCGACAUCUCUAAACACCUACCUAUUGCGGAAUAGAAGUCUAGGACAACACACAGCAUCGAACAUCGGUCUCAGGUACAACCCGGAACAUACAACCAGCCGAAAUCGAAAUCACGAUGCAUCAACUCCCCUCAUUCCUCAUCCUCCUCCUCCCCCUCCUCUCCCCCACAGCAGCAGCCAAACCCAGCAAAGCAGUCCUCCUCUCAGACGUGCGCUCACUAACCCUCCGCGGCGACGGCGCGCAAACCACCCACCGGCGCGUCUCCGCCAUCCCGCAGCUAAAAUGCGUGUCCGCGCCGGCGAUAUGCCGGCUCCACUCCAUCGACAUGAUGCGGUGCACGAACCAAGGGUCAGGGUACACCGCGGAGGACAUCCAAUGGUCAUGCAGCGCACCACUCCCCCCGGAGCUGAAACUCGGCAGCACGGAUGUUAUAUGCGAAGGGUACAGCAGCCCGGACGACCCGUACGUGCUAAAGGGCAGCUGCGGCGUGGAAUACCGGCUCAUUCUCACGGAAGCCGGCGAGCAGAAGUUCCCGGACGUGGCUAAUGGCCGUGGUGGCUGGAAAUGGGGCGGCGGAGGUGGAGAUAAGGGCAGGGAUAAGGAUCGCCGAAGCGGGUCUUCCGACCCUAGUGCCAUCGCUUUCGUCAUUAUAUUUGCCCUCGUCUGUAUGUGGAUUUUAUACAGCGCCUGUGUUGCCGGUAAUCGGGAUCCAACGCGUCCCGGUCCGCGGCGGAACAACUGGGGAGGAUUUGGUGGUGGAUUUGAUCCUGGUUUCGGACCGGGAGGAGGCGGCGGCGGUGGCUGGGACGACCCUUCGUCAUAUCCCAGGUCUUCGUCAACACAAAAUCAAGGUUGGCGGCCUGGAUUCUGGACGGGUUUAGCUGGAGGUGCUGCCGCUGGUUACGCAGCAGGCGGUCGACGUAACAACCAGCAAGAGCGAAAUUCAGGCUACAAUUGGGGAGCGGGUCCCUCUAGCUCAUCUUCCGGUAGCUCGGGUUCACGUUCAACGUCCACUGCGAGAUACGAGAGCACCGGGUUCGGGUCGACGAGCCGUAGGUAAGCCGCGAAGAGGCGUCCUUACUAUAACCUAUCACGAAUAAUGCCGAGAUGUCUUCACCGCACACAUGAUCAAAUGGCUGAUUAGCGUCUAAUUGUUUGCACGUCGGGCUAUCCUGCGUGGCAACUGAUCGUGGUGUAUAUACACCUAGGAGGUUGUCUGGCCUCUC